CUGUGGCGGGAGGUGCCGAGCGGACUGCAACGCGAAGCAGCGAUGGCGGAAUCGUCCGAGUCCUUCUCAGUGGCCUCCAGCCCUGCCCGGCGGCGGCGAGCCAAUGAUCCCCUCACCUCCAGCCCUGGACGGAGCUCCAGGCGCACGGAUGCCCUGACUUCCAGCCCCGGCCGUGACCUUCCCCCAUUUGAGGAUGAGUCCGAGGGGCUGCUAGGCACAGAGGGCCCCGGGGAGGAAGAAGAGGAUGGGGAAGAGCUCAUUGGUGAUGGCAUGGAGAGGGACUACCGUGCUAUCCCGGAGCUGGAUGCCUAUGAGGCUGAGGGAUUGGCUUUGGACGACGAGGAUGUGGAGGAGCUGACAGCCAGCCAGAGGGAGGCAGCAGAACGGGCCAUGCAGCAGCGGGACCGGGAGGCCGGCCGGGGCCUGGGCCGCAUGCGUCGAGGACUCCUGUAUGACAGCGAUGAGGAGGAGGAUGAGCGCCCCACCCGCAAGCGCCGCCAGGUGGAGAGGGCCACAGAGGACGGGGAGGAGGACGAGGAAAUGAUCGAGAGUAUCGAGAACCUGGAGGACCUCAAAGGCCACUCUGUGCGCGAGUGGGUGAGCAUGGCGGGCCCCCGGCUAGAGAUCCACCACCGCUUCAAGAACUUCCUGCGCACCCACGUGGACAGCCACGGCCACAAUGUCUUCAAGGAACGCAUCAGUGACAUGUGCAAAGAGAACCGGGAGAGCCUGGUGGUGAACUACGAGGACCUGGCAGCCCGGGAGCAUGUCCUGGCCUACUUUCUGCCAGAGGCACCCGCAGAGCUGCUGCAGAUCUUUGAUGAGGCCGCCCUGGAGGUGGUGCUGGCCAUGUACCCCAAGUAUGACCGUAUUGCUGGCCACGUCUAUGUCCGUAUCUCUCACCUGCCUCUUGUGGAAGAGCUGCGCUCGCUGAGGCAGCUGCAUCUGAACCAGCUGAUCCGCACGAGCGGUGUGGUGACCAGCUGCACAGGCGUCCUGCCACAGCUCAGCAUGGUCAAGUACAACUGCAGCAAGUGCAGCUUUGUUCUGGGGCCUUUCUGUCAGUCCCAGAACCAGGAGGUGAAGCCAGGUUCCUGUCCCGAGUGCCAGUCCACUGGGCCCUUCGAGGUCAACAUGGAAGAGACCAUCUAUCAGAACUACCAGCGUAUCCGCAUCCAGGAGAGCCCAGGCAAAGUGGCGGCUGGCCGGCUGCCCCGCUCCAAGGACGCCAUUCUUCUUGCUGAUCUGGUGGACAGCUGUAAGCCAGGAGAUGAGAUAGAGCUGACAGGCAUCUAUCACAACAACUAUGACGGCUCCCUCAACACUGCCAACGGCUUCCCUGUCUUUGCCACCGUCAUCCUGGCCAACCACGUGGCCAAGAAGGACAACAAAGUGGCCGUCGGAGAGCUGACAGAUGAGGACGUGAAGAUGAUCACCAGCCUCUCCAAGGAUCAGCAGAUUGGGGAGAAGAUCUUUGCCAGCAUUGCUCCUUCCAUCUAUGGCCACGAAGAUAUCAAGAGAGGCCUGGCUCUGGCCCUGUUUGGAGGGGAGCCCAAGAACCCAGGUGGGAAGCAUAAGGUGCGAGGUGAUAUCAAUGUACUCCUGUGUGGAGACCCAGGCACAGCCAAGUCUCAGUUCCUCAAAUACAUUGAGAAGGUGUCUAGCAGAGCCAUCUUCACCACUGGCCAGGGGGCAUCAGCCGUGGGUCUCACGGCGUAUGUCCAACGGCAUCCGGUCAGCAGGGAGUGGACCCUAGAAGCUGGAGCGCUGGUUCUGGCUGACCGAGGAGUGUGUCUCAUUGAUGAGUUUGACAAGAUGAAUGACCAGGACAGAACCAGUAUCCAUGAGGCCAUGGAGCAGCAGAGCAUCUCCAUCUCCAAGGCCGGCAUCGUCACCUCCCUGCAGGCCCGCUGCACUGUCAUAGCUGCUGCCAAUCCCAUAGGGGGCCGCUACGACCCUUCGCUGACCUUCUCAGAAAAUGUGGACCUCACGGAGCCCAUCAUUUCCCGCUUCGACGUCCUGUGUGUAGUGAGGGACACAGUGGACCCACUUCAGGAUGAGAUGCUGGCCCGUUUCGUGGUUGGCAGCCACGUCAGACACCAUCCCAGCAACAAGAAGGAGGAGGGACUGGCCAGCACCACCUCAGAGCCCGCCAUGCCCAACACGUAUGGCGUGGAGCCCCUGCCACAGGAGGUCCUGAAAAAGUACAUCAUCUAUGCCAAGGAGAGGGUCCACCCAAAGCUCAACCAGAUGGACCAGGACAAGGUGGCCAAGAUGUACAGUGACCUGAGGAAAGAGUCUAUGGCGACCGGCAGUAUCCCCAUCACGGUGCGGCACAUCGAGUCCAUGAUCCGCAUGGCGGAGGCCCACGCACGCAUGCACCUGCGGGACUACGUGAUAGAAGAUGAUGUCAACAUGGCCAUCCGCGUGAUGCUGGAGAGCUUCAUCGACACCCAGAAGUUCAGUGUCACACGCAGCAUGCGAAAGACCUUUGCCCGCUAUCUCUCCUUCCGGCGGGACAACAAUGAGCUGCUGCUUUUCAUACUGAAGCAGCUAGUCGCAGAGCAGGUGACAUACCAACGCAACCGCUUUGGGGCCCAGCAGGACACCAUCGAGGUGCCUGAGAAGGACUUGGUGGACAAGGCGCGGCAGAUCAACAUCCACAGCCUUUCGGCGUUUUAUGACAGUGAGCUCUUCAGGAUGAACAAGUUCAGCCAUGACCUGAAGCGGAAGAUGAUCCUUCAGCAAUUCUGAGGCCCUAGGCCCUCUGCAGUGACUCCCUGUGAUUCUGUUCAGGGACUCAGACCAGCACUCAGUCAUACUGCGUUCUGUGCACACAAGACCAACCCACCAGGGGGCUCCAAGUGUGCUUGGCUGGGGUUGGAGCCAGAUGGCUGCCUUCACCCACAGUCCCUGGGCUGGGGCUGUGACUGGGAAGAACGGCAUUUAUUUCUUUAGCUCCACUUUCCUGCUUUCCUCACCUUGUAGUGACACUUGUCCUGGGCACUGUUCUGGCCACUCAGCAGCCUCCUACCUACAUGUGGUUUGUGUCCACUCAGUGCCUGUAUCAGUGAGGUGUUCAGAGGGUGUUUCAGGUGACAGAGCAUCUGUGUCGUCGCUCUGGGAACUGUUUCCAUCUUGGUGUGAGGUUCCUGUCGCAGCUGCUUCUCCCACCUUUAGCCAAAGAGCAACUUAGAGGUAUUUGUAGUCUUUUCCGGAACUCUGCCCUGCAGGUUUCUCAGCCAGAAGGGAAGAAGAGAGUGUGACCCUGUCCGCGCCAUGCCUGGGCUCCCCAGAAGGGCACGCUUGGUCUUCCCACGGCAGGAGUGGGUCAUGAGAAUUUUUCCUUAGCCACGACCGCCAGUCUUCAUUGCUGUGUUAAUCUGUU